CCAGGGGCGUUGGAAAGGAUUUUGAUUGUCUAAAAAUAUGAUAGAUUUAAUGGGCAAAAAAACUGCAUUAGAUGAGUUACUGCAUAAUGGAUUUGGUAGUGGGCCGAUUUGCGGUCUUAUCGUCCCCCGUCCUUUAAAAGUAUAAAAAGUAAACAAAAUAACAUUAUUAAAAGCCUGUGUAAGCUCUUAGCAUACUUUUAAAUGUGGCUAAAGAAGUUUGACAGGCUAAAACAGAAGGUAGUUCGUUUCAAUCGUUUGAUGUUCGCGGAAGAAAAGACCUAGAUGUAGAUUUUGACAUUAAACGAGGAAUAAACACACCACUAUCAUGGUCUAAUCGAGAACUUUGACGCGUUGUUAAUCGUGAAAUCAGCUCAAAAGAGGAGAACGGACUUUUAUGAUUGAAAAUUUUACAGAAAUAGAGAAGGUGAUAGUAUAGACGUCUGUUCGAAAGUCGUUGAAUUUUAAAUUGUUUGAGUACAGAAGAAGAAGAACUACUAAAAUCUUGUGAGAUGAUCCUACUAGCAAGGCGCUGAAUUUUAUCCAUAAUUUCAAGAUGAGAAGUAAAAGUGGAAUUGUAGAUAACACAACCGUAUUCAAGCACGGUUCUUACACAAGUUUUAUAGAGCACGAAGAAAUGAAAGCGAGUCACGAAAGAUUCUUGAGAUAGAGCCUAACAUUUGAUGAGCCUUUCAUUGACACAUGUUUAACGUGAGCCUUCCACGUUAAAUUAUAUGAAAUAAUCACGCCAAGUAGCUUAAGAGACGAAACUCUUCCUAUAUCAACGUUGUUUAUUGAAAGGGUGAGUGAAGGAAGCAUUUUAGUAGAGUUUCAAAAUAAAAUCCAGAGACAUUUGUUCACCUUUAAAUUGAUCUCAUUCAUAUGACACCAGAGAAUUUUAUUAUACGUUAUACGUAUUAUAUGUUUGCGUUUUUCUUAUCCCUCUAUGAUCAAAUUUAUUUUUAAUGUCUUUAUUUUAUCUGUGGGAGACAUUUUAACAACAAAUACACAAUGCAUAGAAACAGAUGAAAUGACAGAAAAAGAAUAAGAUGUGUAGCUUAAUUUCCGCUGGAGCAUUUCUGAAUAUUCUAUUGAUCACACCUAAACGACGUCUAAGCGAAAUAACUAGUGGUGGUUCUUCUAGAGCCGAGUUAUUAUCUACUUUCUUUCAAACUAGUUUUUCACAACUCUCUUCACUUACCACGAAUAAUUUUUCACGAAAUUCGAAAUUAAAUUUGAUAUUUCUGAUGUGUUUAAAGCUAUAAGUACUUUAAAGUAUAAAACUUCUUUAGGCACCGAUCAAAUUCCUAUCAAACUUUUAAAGCUUAGUGCCGAGAUAAUUUCUACACAGUUAUACCAUAUCUUCUCCCUUUCUCUUUCAACCGGUUGUUUCCUCUUACCUGGAAAGAAGCUAGAAUAAGUGCCAUGAACGGAUGUUAUAUCGAUCCAAGCAAUGGAAAUAUCUAUGUGGCCGAUACUGGAAACAGUCGUGCUCUACGUUUUCCUUCUGGAUCUACUAAUACAACAAAUGGAACAAUAGUUGCGGGCGGAAAUGGACCAGGUCCAAAUGCUAAUCGAUUGAGUAAUCCGAGAGGCGUAAUGGUUGAUCAAAGUGGAAAUGUAUAG